GUUUGGCUCGUACUAGCGACGAGCAGAAAGCAGACCGACACACAACCACGCGCAAGGAGGAGCGCGCAGGCAGCGGGAUGGAGCUCGCGCGGCACGAUCCCAAACCCAGCCGUCCGUUUAACGGAGAAAGCGCAGAUAUUGCCGCGUGAUGAAACGGACGCCGCCGUUCCUUUGCGGUAGUUGAGGCUGACGCGUUACGCGUGGACGUUAUCAGCGGUAACGCGCGUCGAAGGACUGGAUUUAAAGGGCCAGCAGCAAGCAAACGCGAACAUGGACCAAUGCGCCACGGUUCUGGACCCGGACCAGGAUAAACAGUUUUGCGAGCUGUGUGGAAAGAUGGAAAACCUUUUAAAGUGCGGUCGAUGCCGGAUCUCUUUCUACUGCAGCAAGGAGCAUCAGAAACAGCACUGGAAAGAACACAAACUCACCUGCAUAGAGGCGGACAAGACCAAGAGUGUGCCACAAACUCCACAUCACCUGGAGAAACCCGCUGAUCCAGACAGAAAAGAUCUGAUCACCAGAAGCUCAGAAGCUGACAGCAGUGCCACCAAACCCCAAACUCACAAACUGGCCACUGACUACAUAGUCCCAUGCAUGAACAAACAUGGCAUUUGUGUAGUGGACAACUUUCUGGGUGAAGACAUGGGGCUGUCCAUACUGGAGAACGUGAAAGCUCUCCAGCAGACUGGUAAAUUCACCGAAGGACAGCUGGUGAGUCAGAAAGGUGACUCUACUAAGGACAUCAGGGGGGAUAUAAUCACUUGGAUAGAGGGGAAGGAGCCUGGAUGCGAGAAGAUCCGCUUCUUGAUGAGUCGCAUGGAUGACCUGGUCAGGAAUUGCAAUGGAAAACUGGGAAACUACUCAAUAAAUGGAAGAACAAAAGCGAUGGUGGCAUGUUAUCCGGGUAAAGGCUCUGGUUAUGUGCGCCAUGUGGACAACCCGAAUGGAGAUGGGAGAUGUGUCACAUGCAUAUAUUACCUUAAUAAGAAUUGGGAUGCCAAGAGAAAACCAGGAGGAGAGAUCCUAAAACAAGCUCACCGAGUCACGGAAAUGAGGCACGAGACUCAUUAGAAGAGAAAACGAUGGUGCUGCUAGCACACUAACCAUGCAAUUAAUUUUGUAUACUUUGUAAAGAUUGCAUAAAUGUCCUAUCAUAAUGUCCUUUUUUUUUGAAUGCUGUGUUUGUUGUCUUGUUCAUUGUCUUCAUUCCAGUUCUGUUUCAUAUAGAAUAUCCACCAUAUUUACUUUAGUUGCUUGGUUACACAGAUUAGAUGAGGUGAAAAAACACAGGACAUGAGACUCUUACCUGCUGCCAUGAUCCUGUUUUCUUUUCUUCUUUUUCUAGACUAGAUUUUCAGAAAGCACAAAUGAUUUAAGAUGAGUUAUACAAAAAAGUUUAAUAUUUAAAGUCAGUUGCCCCUACAGCCCCAAAUAUUAUGCAUCUUGAAU